AUGAGUUACGUCUCAUUAACACUCGAAGAGAACAGCACAGUGACCUCGUCGUGUUUUGGCGAUUUUUCAGGUACAAAUUCAAUUGAGUUGGUUUUAAUUCGAGCACAGACCCUCCUUCAAAUCUAUCGAAUUAGCGAAGAUAGCAUCGAGUUACUGACACAAACACCAACGUUUUCAUUAAUUCGAGCAAUUAGCACUAUAAAAAUAGGGAACGAGGGAAAAGACUACAUUUUGCUUGGAAGUGACUCGGGGUCGGUUUGUUUGCUCUCGUAUGACGCCCACACAAAUAGUCUGAAGACAAUUCAUAAUGAAAUAUUUGGGAAAAGUGGUAUCCGUCGCGUUGUACCGGGGCAAUAUAUAGUAGCGGACCCUUCGGGGAGAGCGGUGAUGGUCUCUGCAAUUGAGAAGCAAAAGUUUGUGUAUGUGAUGAAUAGAAAUUCGAAUGGCGAAGUCACUAUAUCGUCCCCCCUCGAGGCAAAUAAGAGUAACUCAAUUUGCUUUGACUUAGCUGCUUUGGAUGUUGGGUUUGACAACCCAAUGUUUGCUGCCAUUGAAGUUGAUUACAAUGAACAGUAUUUACCUCAUAUUAAAGAUCGCAUCGUGAAGAAAUUCAUUGUGUUGUACGAGAUGGAUUUGGGAUUAAAUCAUGUGGUGAGAAAAUCAGCAGAGCCCAUCAACGAGACAGCGAACCACAUCAUCCCUAUUCCAACACUGAAAGAAGACGUCCAUCUUGGGAUGUUCAUAUGUAGCGAAAAUAGAAUCAGUUGGUACAAUCCAGGACACCCAAUUCAAAGCAUCGAAAUACCAAAAAUGGACGAAGAAACGACGCAAAGCACUUUAAUUGUAUCACAUGUGGUCUUGAGAAUGAAAACAGGACAUUUCAUAUUGGUUCAAAGCGAGUAUGGUGAUUUGUUUCGAAUACACUUUCAAACGGAAGACAAUGGAGAUAUAACGGAUUUGAAACUUACAUACUUUGACACUAUACAAAGUACUCUAGGGAUGAUUAUAUCAAAGAAAGGACACAUCUUUACAGCAAGUGAGUUCAACGAUUCACAUUUGUAUCAAAUAACUUCUUUGGGGGAUGAAGAGAGCGAAGAACAUGAAGGCACUCAACAGGAAGUCGAAAUGAAAGAAGAAACGAAUGGGAUGGUGCAAAUACCUUUUUUCGAUGCAAAGAAAGACCAAACACCACUAAAAAUCACGCGAUAUGAUUCGGUGAGGCACUUGGACGAGAUAUCAAAUUUUAAGUCGAACGCACCGAUCACAGGGAUGUCUGUGUGUUAUGGCGAUGACAAGAAAACGGCGAACAAGUAUAUACUGUACACGGGAAGAGGUCCCUCAAGUUGUGUGCAAGUCCUCAAACACCAAAUGAAAACACUAGAAGUGGCUGAGAUCACAUUACCAGCCAUUGCCAUGGGCGUCUAUCCACUCCAAAGGAGUAAAGAUGUCUCAGAGUAUUUGGUAGUACCUUUUGCAAAUGCGACGAGUAUUUUAAAGAUCAGUGAGGACGAAGUUAAAGAGACUGACGAGACACCAGUCAUAUUAAGCAGCUACUCUGUGAGAAUUGGAAUGAUGCCAGAUGGUACAUUUGUGCAGGUGUUGAAAGAGAAGAUUGUUGUAUAUACAAGUAAGAUCAAAGAAGUAUCCGUUGUUGGAGAUAUCGUGUGUGCUGCUAUUGUGGAAUCUUUUGUUGUGGUUGGGGUGUCGAAAGGUGACGAUAACGUUAUCAUGUUAUUCAAGUACGAGGAUGGGGGGCUACACGAAAUCGAGUCUAAAGGGUCGUUUGGGAAGAUCCGAAGUGUCACCAUUGAAAACAAGGAAGUUCCAAAGUUCUGCGCAGUUGCGUGUGAGGAUGGGGGGAUUCGUAUACUCACACUCUUCAACACAGAAACAACAAAAGCACUGACACGUGUUUCGGUCAUUUCAUUGGAAUCUGCAAUUAACGACGUCAAAUUUGGGGUAUUAAAUUCAAAGCAAAUAAUCGUUGCUGGGCUUGAUGAUGGUAAACUCGCGUGGUGCUUUUUCGACUCCAACUCAGGUGAAAUUGAAGAAACCAACUUUGAGUUUGUUGGUGUUCAAAACGUUAAUUUAGGAAGAGUCUACACAACAAGUGAGUCUGGUGAAGAGUGGAUGGUUGGGUACAAUGGUAAUGGUAUCUUACUCUCAACGUCAAAUGGCCAAAUCAAAAGUACUCCAUUGGAUCAACCCAAUAUUUAUGGUGUGGAGGGGUUUAAAGCAAGUUUUGUGGACAACCCAAUUGCUUUGGUUUCUGGUAAUAUUUUGAAGAUUCUUGUCUUUGAAAACACGACUUCCUCGUUGAGUGGUGUGAAAGUGCCAUUAUGCAUGACUCCAAGGAAAAUUGUGGAGAGUGAAACAGUUGAAGACACUUUUGUUUUAUGUGCAGAUAAUUUCUCGAAAUAUGCAAACGAUGAGAUCAUUCGAGGUGAUGAUGGGGAGUGGGUGUCUUCGAUAUACCGCAUGGACAAAGAAGCAACAAAAAUAGAACUUGUUACAAAAUUUCCACAAAAUGUGUACGCAUUGUGCGGGACGUUACUCACCGUUUCCGACUCAAUUUAUUUGGUGGUUGGCCUUGCUGAAAAAUACACAAGUCGACCCAUUAAAUUCACAAAUAGUAGCAUCGCCGUUUAUAAAGUUAAUGUAGACAACAUUCAGUAUCUCUAUACCACACAGACAGAAUACCCAGUUCGUUCAAUGGCAGUGUAUGGCGGUCGUGUACUCUGUGGAAUUAACAGACAACUCCGAAUGUAUGAAAUUGGGAAGAAACAGUUGUUGAGAAAGGCUGAGUUACGACAACUCGCCUCGGAGAUAUCGGACAUCCAUGUGAUCAACAAUAAGAUACAAUUGGUGGGGAUCAGCGACGGUAUUUCGUUUGUUCGAUUUAAUCAGACAAAACAGGAAUUUGAUAUAUACGCAGACACGUUGCCGAGGUGGACUGUAAAAAGUGUUGCACUGACACCAACAAGCUAUAUCGGGUCUGACAAGUUUGGACAGAUCUUUGUUGAAGGACUUGAUAAAGAAACAGAAGAGAAUGCGUCAAAUAUCUUUUCGUCGAUUUUGAGCGGAGAAAAGACGAUAUAUAAUGGUGCCAAGUAUAAAGCAGUCAGUCUUAAUGAGUUCUAUUUGGGAGACAUCGCGACUGGCUUUGUGAAUUGUUGUGUCAGAAUAGGGGCACCACAAAUCUUCAUAGUCAGCCACUUAUUGGGUGGAAUUUCAGCGCUCAUCCCACUCAACGGAUUUGGCGAAAUCGAGUUCUUCGAACAGCUUGAAAUGCAUAUGAGAGUAAGACACCAAAAUGUGAAUGGACGAGACCACAUUGCAUACAGAAGUUCCGUUGUUCCAGUGAAAGGAAUUUUCGACGGGGAUUUGUGCGAGUUGUUUGAGAAGUUGACCGAAGAAGAAAAAAAAGAAAUUGCAGGGGAGAUGGAGCGAGAAGUUGGAGAGAUUGUCAAGAAACUUCAUGACUUGAGAAACAUGAGAGCAUUUUGA